AUGGCCCUGCGUCGGGUCACGGUCCUGUCGGCACAUGCUACUGCAAGUGGGCCUUACCGCAGCGACAAGUGUGAUGUAGAAGGUGUUCGCCUGCCUUGGCGACGUUUCCCAGCUGCUGAGCCGAGUACGCCGAGUACACUAAACUUCCGUACGGUGGCAUACGAAGUGAAGGACGGAGUGGCCAUCAUCACGCGGAAUCGACCUCAAGUUCUCAACGCAGUCAACUUUCAGGUGCACUGCGACAUGAUAGCUGCAUUCGAGCAGGCAGAGAACGACGACAGCGUCCUAUGCGCAGUUCUCAUAGGAGCUGGGCGUUACUUCUGUUCUGGGGCAGACGUGACGGGCAAGAAAGAUACGUAUGCCAUUGAUGAUCCACCACGCGUCCAGCAGAUCAAGAGGGUCCUCUCGCAGUACGACCCUUUCGAUGCAAACACCUGGUCAGACGUGAACAUGUAUGAUGCCUGGAUCAAUUUUUCGAAGCCCUUGGUGAUUGCUGUAAACGGCCCCGCCAUUGGGGAAGGAUUUACGACAUUGAUGCUUGGCGAUAUAAUUUAUGCGGCAGAGUCGUCAUUUUUCUGGGCGCCCUUUGCGAGAUUUGGAGUGGUCCCAGAGAUCACAUCCUCGAUCAGCCUGGCUCAGCGAGUCGGCCCCAUGGUAGCCUCCGAGAUGGUGUUGCUGUCCAAGAAGAAGACACCGGAGGAAAUGCACCGCUGUGGCCUUGUAAACGAAAUAUUGCCUGCUGGAGACAGCUUCCUGCCGUCCGUCCUGGAAAGGGUGCGCGCUGGGCUUGAGCUGUCUGGUGCACCCGAGAUACGGCUCAAAGCAUUAAGGAUGAUGAAAGGGCUGUUGAAGAACAAGGCCUGGCGUGAAGAAAUGAUGGCACAAAACCGCCUGGAGCAGGAGAUGAUUCGCACGAGGCUUCGAGAUGGGGAUCAAUCAGCCAACUUGAAGUACUAUCAGGCCCAAAUGCCCAAGAAGAAGUGA